UACGUUAGUUACGUUCGCUCAGAAAAGUGUGUCGGAAGAAAGAAGCGGCGUGAGGGUUUGUAUAUUUGGACGAGGCAUGGAGGUUGAAGGCGGCUCGUAUGGUCCUCGAUUUGUGGGUAUCAGGUUUUGCCAGGAGUGUAAUAACAUGUUAUAUCCCAAAGAAGACAAAGAAAAUCGCAUACUACUUUACGCGUGCAGAAACUGUGAUUAUCAACAGGAAGCGGACAAUAGCUGCAUUUAUGUUAACAAGAUCACCCACGAGGUUGAUGAGCUGACGCAGAUCAUUGCAGAUGUUGCCCAGGAUCCUACCCUGCCAAGAACUGAAGACCAUCCCUGUCCAAAGUGUGGCCACAAGGAGGCAGUAUUCUUCCAGUCUCACAGUAUGAAAGCUGAGGACGCUAUGAGAUUGUAUUAUGUUUGCACAGCACCACAUUGUGGUCAUCGCUGGACUGAAUAAGAAAGACCUGAGUUUUCUUCGCUUAUGGGUUUUCGUGUUUGUUGUUUUUUAAGUAAGCUCUAAUCAGCUUUGUAAAUAAGAAGAUCCUGUAUUUCUUUAUACAAAACAUUGGAGAAGGUCUGAUCAUGUGACCCGUGAGCAUGUUUCAAAACUACUUCCUUUGUACAAUAAUAAAAAAGAUUUUUUUAAACAA